AGAGGCUGUGGGGAAGACCGAGCAAGAGCUGGAAACAAACCUCAGUGAAGAAUGAAGACUUUAGUAUGUAUCCUGCUGCUGCUGGAAACCUUUGUGUUUGUGGUCCAGAAGGUAGAUGGACAAAGCCCUGACAUCUAUGCAGAACUGAAAGAACUGACCAGCACCGUUACAGCUUUAGAGACGCGACUGAGGGCUACUGAGAAAGCUGCAGAUGAGCUGAAAAAGAAAAAUGAUGACAGAGAAAUAGCCUUUUCAGCUGGACUGAUGGAAUCUGGCACUGGAGACGUCGGUCCUUCUGACACUAACAUCACACUAAUCUACAAGAAGGUCUUCACAAACACAGGGAACGCCUACAACCCAAUUACAGGUGUUUUCACAGCCCCAGUGAAAGGAGCGUACGUGUUCGAAUUCUCCGUCUAUCAUUUUGGUCAAUUAAUUCCAGCAGGUGGCUACCUUAUGAAGAAUGGACAGCAUGUGGCUAUGGCAUAUGCUAAGCAGGAUCAGGGUGCGUUAAACUCCUCAAAAGGAGUUGUGUUGAUCCUGGAGGUUGGAGAUCGCAUCUAUGUGAAUCUUUGGUCUAACAGCAGGAUUUUCGAUAAUCAGAAUCAUCACAACACUUUCAGUGGUUACAUGCUGUUUCCCUUAAAAUAACAGGAGCUGUGAUUCCAGUCAUUCAGAACCUUUAGAGUAUGAUUUAAGAUGAAAAUCAUGAAGAAUCAUUAACAUAACCAUGCAUGUAUUGAUGAGAAAGUAUGUGUUUGAAAUCUGCAGUAGAUUACUGUAUUAAAGUCAGUAUAAUAGUGUUUGUUAAAGUAGAAAGUCUUGAAUAUUAAUAAUACCUUUUAAGUGCAGCUUGUUAUUAAUCCUUGUUCUGUAUCUCUUCAUCCUACAUAAAGAGAAUAAAGAGACAUUUUCUUUUCCUCA